ACGUUUCCUGUCAAUGGGGUCACACGCCGUGUGUCCUUCUGUGUCUGCUUCUCUCCCUGAGCGUCGUGUGUUCAGGUCCGUCCACGUGCGGCCGUGUGAGGGCCUCGCUCCUCGUCACGGCUGCGUUGUGCUCCAGCGUGUGGAUGGACACACUGUGGAUCCGUUCUGCGGUUAAUGGGCAUUGAGCUUUGGCUGCUGUGAACAUGGGUGUGCAGGGUUUCACUCUGGUUUAUUCUGGUAACACGAAGGACUGGAUGGUGGUGGGGUGAGAAGAGAGGAGCUGGGGACUCGGGUCCCAGCCUGAGCCCUGGGAGGGUGGAGCUGAGGAUGCGGGAGGAGAAUCGGGAACCUUCGUUCAGCUGGCAGACCCACCGUGGGAGUGUUGGGAGGGGCCCAGCUGGAGGUACCAGGAGGCGGGGCUCACGGCUAGACCCCCCGCCAGGGGUGUUCCCACCUCCUGCCUGCAGCCUCUGCCCUCAGCCGGGGGAGGGGCCUGGAUGGGGCCGGGCUGGCCAGCGCCGUUGCCAGGACACCCAGGGUGGGCGGCCUUUGUUGCUGUCAACAGUGGUCCCCAGGCCUUCUAGGCCAGAGCUCCUGGGACCCGGAGGCAGACAUGCAGAGCCUGCAGCGGGACCCUGCCCUGCCCUACGUCCCGCGGGGGACCCUCGAAGUGGACUCCCCGGCUCCUCUGUACAGAGAUGACUACUUGUCCCUGGAGGGGCCCCGCUGGGCGCCGGCCAUCAAGCAGGCCACACGCUGGAAGUACACGCCCAUGGGGCACGACGCGGCCGGCCAGCCGUGGUACACUGGCCUGACCAACUCGGACCCCCGUGAGGCCUGGUACACGCUCCCGAGGUCCCCGGACAGCCCCUACCGCGAGGCCUACGCCCGCUGGCACGGAUGCUACAGCCAUCGGGAGCGGAGCCUGCCGUCAGCCUACACCCUGCGCCUCCGCGAGACCGCCUGGUAUGACCCGGUGGUCCCCGCGCAGUCCGGGGCGCCCUGCCCGCGAUGGGGCAGCAUGCUGUGGAAGGACAGAGCCACCCCCGGCAAGGAGUACGUGGUCAACAGACACCAGCACGGGGUGGAGCCGCUGUGGCGGGCGUCCGAUUAUGUGCCGUUCCUGUCCGCGCCCCAGCGCCCGCGCCACACCAGCCAGAUGUACCGUCAGUGGAACCUGGAGCCUUACUGUCCCUCCACCGGCCUGCGGGCCCCAGCUGUCCCCACGGCCCCUUACUGAUACAGACCUGCUGCCCAGGCGGCCGUGUGUCUGUCCACACGAGGACGGGA